AUGACGCGCGCUUCUACUCCACCUAUCCUUCACCAGCUCCAAACCGCAGAUUCUAUAUCGGCCCAAGCCACCGCUCUUCGCAACCUCAAAAAUGAGACCAUUGGUCAUGACCAGCGCAAAGAGACGUGGGUCCGUUUGGGCAUCAUCCCAAUAAUCGCCAAGGUCCUGGCCUCCCACCAAUCCAACCGAUCCUCCUCCGGCUCGUCGAACCUGAAUGGAUUGCUCAAGGACAACGGGCGUUCGGGUACUCGUUCAGAGCAGGAUGAAGCUUGUCUACAGGCUAUCAUCAUCCUCGGGAGCUUAGCUCAAGGCGGUGUAUCUUUUCUGGCACCUAUCCUCGCAAGUGACAUACUCUCCAUCCUCCUAACCAUCCUGUCUACCCAUGACUGCCCUCGCGCCUUCAUUCUUCCUAUCCUACGGGCCCUCAACAACAUCGCCGAUCGCCUUCCGCUCCAAAACCAACCCCCCUCGCCGAAAGAUACCAGCUUGGCCGACUUGCUCUUUUCCCCUCAACACAUCGGAUUUUUGUCACGCAUUCUGGGACAGGACUACACAACGCACCAUGAGCAGGCCGCUAUCGAGCUCGCCGCGGCCCUGAUCAGCAAACUGUGUGCCGAGGAGACGCAUAAGGCAGCCCUGGCGGAAUGCGGUGUGUUGGACGCCUUGGCGGUGAAGGUAGCUUCCUUUGUGGUUGCGCAGGGCUUCGUCCUCCCAGGAGCAGAAGCCCAUGUCGGGGAGCCGGGGGCCCUCGGCGCGCUGCCGCCUCCGGCUCCUUCCAGCGCCAAAUUGGGCCCCAUCCUGCGCGCCAUCACGGUGAUCAUUGAACACUCAAAAUGGCGCGCAGAGCAUUUUCUCUCCUCCCCAGGCAUUGUGACUGUCUUUCCCAGACAGGUGCCCGACUUUGCUCCGUCCGAUAUUAAGAAAGGUCCAUGGGGGUCGACAUACUUCUCUGGCUCGGCCGUCCCGCGCCACGCGGGGGCAAAUCCGCUGGAAUAUUUAUUGCCAUCCGUUCCCUUGUCGCACGGCAAGGCCCCGGCAAAUUCCGCCAAUUUCCCCCCUCUCGGACCUCAGGGUCCCUCACAUCGUCAUCACAGCCAGUCUUUCCCCACGCCGUUCUCAAUCUUUGAGGCGCCUGGCAGUUGGAUGACGAGGAAAAUGCCGUCGUUCCCUGGUUGUUAUACAUCAUUCGCGCUGAGAAUGGCAUGGCUCGACUAUGAUAGCGCGGGUGACGAUGGCAUUCAAUACGGCGGUCUAGUACCGUCUUCGGAACGCCUAAGGGAGGAGGCUCCUGCGGUGCUCGCAACUCUUGUCAUUGACGACCAAGAGCUGCAGAAGCAUGCAGUCGAGGGAGAUGCCAUUAAACGGCUGUCCCAGCUACUCAAGGAAACAUACAACCCAGUGCCCGAUAAUCGGAGGCCGAUGUGGCAUGCCGAAAGUGAAGAGACCACGGAGAGUUGUGAUACGUUGCCUCCAGAGUGUCAACUCGGCUCAGCGGGCUAUUCGCCGAUCCACUGCCACGUCAUGCGAUAUCGUGAGAACAUAUUGAAAGCAUUGGCCGCAUUGGUGCCGUUCAAGGAUGAAUACCGCAAGGCUGUCUGUGAAUACGGAGUCGUGCCAUACAUAAUUGACUCAUUAAAGCCGUGUCCCAGCGAACCACCGCCGGAUACGACGAGUCCUAAGAAUACCGCCGCGGACGGGAACCCGACACCUACAUUGCUAGCGGCCUGUGGUGCUGCUCGCAUGCUCACCCGCUCAGUGAGCGUCUUGAGGACAAGCCUCAUUGACGCCGGCGUUGCUACGCCCCUUUUCGUUUUGAUUCGACACCCGGACAUUGAAGUCCAGAUCGCGGCUACUUCGGUCAUCUGCAACCUGGCCCUGGACUUUAGUCCUAUGAAAGAAGCGAUCAUCUCUGCCGAGAUCCUCCCGGUCCUCUGUGAGCAUGCGCACUCGACUAAUACUAAGCUCCGGAUCGAGUCGCUUUGGGCUCUGAAACAUGUUGCGUAUAACUCGAGCAACGACGUCAAGAUAAAAAUAAUUGAAGGUCUACAGCCAAGCUGGAUUAAACAGGUCAUCACACAGGACCCCACGGCUGCCCUCGCCAAGCGAGGGAUAGACGAGGAAAUGGACACCAAUGCGUCGGUCGGGAUGAGUCGCGCCAAUUCUGCCGGAGAACAAGUGGAUCUAUUGAAUCCCGUGGAAAAUUCGCAGGAACGCGACGAUGAUAUGAAGAUGGCGGAUACCCUUCCGCCGUCGAAGAUUAGCUUGGAGAUGUUCCUCCCGGAUGCCAGUCGCCGACGCAAGCUGGCACUGCACGGGGACCUCGACCAAAGCACGCAGGCGCGCCAGGAUGACAUCGCCGUACAGGAGCAGACAUUCGAUCUGUUGCGCAACUUGAUUUGCGGACAGGGCGCGUCGGAGAUGAUCGACCAUCUGUUCAAGGAGAUCGGCCAGGACGUGGUGCUGGAUGCUCUGGCGGAUAAGCUGCGACCGCGCACCAUCCAGAUUCCGAACCGCCGAGAUACCUCGGCGCAGAAGCCUCUACAGGUUCCCACCGAGAUUCUCGUCGCGGUGACGUACGUCAUCAUUCACCUGGCCGCCGGCCUCCCGUGGCAUCGGCAGCUGCUAGUCUCGCAUCGGGACCUGCUGCGGUACCUCAUGGGGUACUUCAACCAUGCGCACCGGGAUGUACGCACCAACUGCGUGUGGGUGGUGAUCAAUCUGACAUACGAGGAUGACGUCAGCGACCGCGAAGGCUGUCGAGAGCGAGCAGUCAAACUCCGCUCGAUCGGAGUGACGGAGCGAUUGGCGACGUUGGAAGACGAUCCGGACCUGGAUGUGCGGGAGCGAACGAAGACAGCGCAGCACUUGGUGAAUUCAUUGACCCAUGCAUAG